AUGCGGGAGCCUGCCACUGCACCGUGGGGUCUGAGUAUCAGCGAAGCCAAUUUUAAGAAGCUCAAAGCCGGCGGGACGGGCAAGGAAAUCUAUAUGCUUGUUGUGAAGCCAAGCGACGGUGACAGCAACACUGGUGUGAAGAUCGAAGCUAUCACCUGGGAACAGAAUAAGGGUGGAAUUCGCAUCUCGGAGGAGCAGGCCAAGAAGGAAGUAGUGAUUAUAACCAGACGCCUUCUGGAGUGUGAUUUUGAUGCGCCUCCAGAGUAUGAUGUCUCAGAUCUGUGGAAUCAUCCUGCUGCUCAGAUAAAGUGA